AUGUCAAAUUACAGUGGAUAUAGGCCCAACUCUGGUACUGGCGGGGCUAAUGGAGCUCGUACACUGCGGCCGUAUAAUAAGUAUAGCGGAGGUGGUCGCACUGCUGGUGCUGGAUACUCUGGCAGUGCGUAUGGAUCAUCAACGAAUAACUAUAAGAAUAAUUACAGGGGAGGUGGAUACAGUGAAUACGACAACACUUACAAUAAAAGCCAAAGCACAAGUGACUACAGUACAAACAAACCAUAUUUCAAGAACAAAUUCUCGACUCCAGCUGGUAGAACUCAAUCAUCUUCGCCCCCUUACCAGGAUAGUUUCCAGAUAUGGAUGGGAGAUUUAGAUCCAAGUUGGGGCGACCAGGAUAUCAUAGAUAUUUGGAAGUCCAUGGGUGAAUUACCUACUGCGGUAAAAAUAUUGAAAACAGAUCCCUACAAACCUGCGUACUGCUUUGUCUCGUUUGGCAACCAUCAGAGCGUCAGCUCUGCAAUUCAAAAGAAUGGAAUGCAGAUCCCAGGAUCGGCAAAGAUAUUCAAGUUGAAUUGGGCAAGCGGUGGACAAGCACCUGGAAACACCGGAGGAGCGAACAAUGGUACCGCUGGCAAUAAUGCAUACCAAAGAGGAGGCGGUGGCCCUGGAUCUUCUUCAAAUAAUUACAAUGACCAACUUUCUGUAUUUGUGGGUGACUUACCACUAGACUUGAAUGAGUCGGUGUUGUACGAGGCAUUCAAUACGAAAUUCCCGAACCAAGUCAAACAAGUCAAGAUAAUGUUGGAUAUGGCUACUAAAACAUCCAAGGGAUUUGGGUUCAUCAAAUUUGCUACGCUACCAGUGCAACAAAGAGCAAUCAAAGAAAUGAACGGAUUCAUAGUUAAGGGACGUCCUAUAAAAGUUGGCCCUGCUUCGAGAGAUGCAGCAGCAGCAUCUUCCAGUUCACUGUCAAAAACUAGUGCAGCGGAAAGAGGUCUUUCUUCAGGCUCGGUAGACAACGACUCAAAGUUUCAAUUGCCUCAAGUGCAGCCUCCCCUCUCCCAGUUCACCGACCCUAACAAUACAGGAAUCUACAUAAAGGGAUUAUCGGGCACACUUACAGAAAAAGACUUGCGUGAGUUAUUUACUUCGUUCGGAUACAUAAUAAACUGUACUAUAUCAUCUAAUGGCCAGGUGGGCCACAUAAAAUAUCUUCAAAGAGCAGCAGCAGAAGCCGCCAUGUUGGCAUUAGGUGGAACAGAAAUAGCAGGAAACAGACUACUUAUUAACUGGGAUAAAAUCAACCUGAAAUCUACACCAACUCCACUCCUAUAUGGCGAGUUAAAUACCCAAAAAUGGAAAGAAGCCGAAGAGGUGACAGAGCCAUCACCAAUAAAGAAGGUCAAUGAAGAGUAUAUUAGUAAAAAGUACCAGAAAUAUGAUUUAUUGUUCGAUUUAUGA